AUGGCAGAGGCCUGUCAGAGACGUGAUAAACUCUACAAGAGGGAAGAGCUGAGCUGCAUGCUGGUCGGUGAUGGAGCUGUGGGGAAGACCAGCAUGAUCAUCAGCUACAUCUUCAAUGGAUACCGCAGCGAGUACAGGCAAACCGCUUUUGAUGUUUUUACUGGUUUGGUUCAUGUGAACGGCCUCCCAACUCGUAUCAAACUGAUAGAUACGGCAGGACAGGAGGAGUUUGGACAUCUACGUUCUCUGUGCUACGCCCAUGUGGACGUCUUCAUCCUCUGCUUCAGCCUGGUCAACCCCGUCUCCUUCGAAAACAUCACCUCCAAAUGGAUCCCGCAGAUCCGGGCCGGCAACCCAACCUCUCCAAUAGUCCUGGUUGGAACUCAGUCCGACCUCAGCAACAAUGUGGACGUCCUUAUUCAUCUGCACCAGCGGAGCACCAAACCAGUGCACUGCAGCCGGGCCAGAAGGCUGGCACGCAGGAUCAGAGCUCACGACUACGUGGAGUGUUCAGCUCUGACACAACACAACCUCAAACAUGUGUUUGACUGUGCUGUAUCUGCUGCCAUUCAGCACAAGCACACUGGUACUAUACCUAAAAAGCUCAGCCUAAUUAAACGCUCAAAGCUUUUUUGUGUUUGGAGGAAGAUCUUUGGAUACUUCUGA